UCUCCCCUUCUCCUCAACCAUCCAUCUUCGAAACUCCUCAUAAAUUUCAACAAUGGCAAUUUUCACUAAACCAAAGUUUUUGUUUCUCUUCUUCUUCAUCCUCUCUUUGUUCCUCGCAUCUCAAUGCGAUGAUCAAAACCCUUCCGCUAGGCGUGAGCUUGAGAGUUGCUUGAUGCAGUGUAAGGCUCAGGGAGAACCCCCUGAACAGCAAUUCUUGUGUCAAAAGAGUUGCAUUUUGCGAUAUGGAAGUGAGGAGAAGGAAACGUUGAAGGAAUUGAUUGAGGGUAUACUGACUAAGCAACGUGACCCUCAGGAGAAAUUGAGAGAAUGCCAACAACGUUGUGAGAGACAACAAAAAGGACAACAGAAGCAGUCGUGCAAACAACGUUGUGAACAGGAGUAUAAGAGAGAACAAGAACAGCAAGGCAAAGGCAAACGUGACCCUGAGCAGAGACAUAGAGAGUGCGUACAGCGGUGCUGGACACAUGAACGCGCUGAAAAAGCAGCACUCUGCCAAGAUCGUUGUGACCAGGAGUUCGAAAGAGAGAAAAAACAACACCGUGGCGAGGAGGAGACCAGAGAUGAAAAUAAAGGACGUGGCAAACGUGACCCUGAGGAGAGACUGAGAGAGUGCAUACAGCGGUGCGCGACAAGUACACGUGCUGGAGAUUUCACACCGUGCGCACGACGUUGUGACCAGGAGUACCGAGGAGAGAAAGGACAACAUGGUGGCCAGGAGGAGACCGGAGAUGAAAAUCAAGGGCGAGGAAAACGUGACCCCGAGGAGAGAUUCAGAGAGUGCCAACAAAGAUGCCAGACACAAGAAGAGGGCCAACAACAGAGAGAGUGCCAACAACGUUGUCAACAAGAGUACAAAAGAGAGAAAGAACAACAACAGCAUGGCCAGGAGGAGACCGGAGAUGAAAAUCAAGGACGUAGCAAACGUGACCCAGAGCAGAAAUUCAAAGAAUGCAUACAUUGGUGCGGGACACAUACACGCGCUGGAGAUUUCAGACCGUGUGCAGACAGUUGUCGACAAGAGAGAGAGAAAGAACAACGGCCCGGCCAGGACUCUGGAGAAGAAGAUUCUAACCCACAAAAAAGAGAAGAGAAUAAUCCCUACUUAUUCGAAUCUCAAAGGUUCAGGUCUCCAUUUAGAACAGGUCAAGGUCAUUUGCGCAUCGUCGAGAAAUUCACUCAAAGAUCUGAACUUUUCCGAGGAAUAGAAAAAUACCGUGUUGCGGUCCUUGAAUUUGAGCCUCAAUCUUUCAUGGUGCCUAAUCACUGUGACGGUGAAACCAUAUAUGUUGUGGCUAGAGGGCAAGGAAUAAUUAGUAUAGCAGAACAAGAUGCAAAGUACUACUUCACCUUGGAGAAGGCGCAUGUAAUGAGAGUGCCGGCUGGUGCGACAAUUUACUUCGUCAACAGAGAUAAAAAUGAAAAGCUCGUUGUUUACGUGCUGGUCAAGUCCAUCGAUGCCCCUGGCCAAGCUCAGGAAUACUUUAGUGGAGGUGGUCAAAAUCCAGAAUCCUUCUACAGAGCAUUCAGCAGCGAUAUCCUGGAGAAGGCGUUCAAUACCCGAAGGGACAGGUUAGAGAGGCUAUUUGGACAACAAAGCCAGGGGCCAGUAAUCAAAGCCAGUGAAGAGCAAAUUAGAGCUAUUAGCCGAUACGCUUCGCUCCCAACUAAGCAUAGUAUAGGCGAAAUCAGAGGUCCAUUCAAUCUGUUGCAAGGAAGCCCGUUGUUCGAGAGCAGAUUUGGACAGUUCUUUGAAGCAUCUCCAGAAAAUUUCGAGCAGUUGAGGGACUUGGAUGUUGCUGUUGGUUACAUGAACAUCAACCAAGGUGGAAUGGUACUACCAUACUACAAUACAAAGUCAACAAGGUUGGUAAUGGUUUUAGAAGGAAACGGUCGCUUUGAAAUGGCAUGUCCUCAUCUUGGUAGUCAGAAACAAGGACAAGGGUCUCGCGGAGAAGAAAGGGGGCAAGAAGAACAAGAACAAGAUGCAAACGUACAUUAUCAGAAAGUUCGCGGUAAUCUAAACGUUGGUGACCUUUUGGUAGUCCCUGCAAGCCAUCCUAUUACCUUUAUAGCAACCGGAGGCUCAAAUCUCAGGAUGGUUGGUUUUGGAAUCAAUGCUCAGAACAACAAAAAGAGCUUCCUUGCUGGUAAGCAAAACAUAUGGAGAAAUGUGGAUAGGGAAGCAAAAGAAUUGUCAUUCAACAUGCCAGGAAGAGAGGUAGAAGAGAUCUUCCAAAAGCAAGACCAAUCCUACUUUGUGACAGGGCCAGGGCAGCAGAGGGAGAAGGGUGAACAAGGAAAAAGGGGACAAGAACUAAAUUUGUCUUCAAUUUUGGACUUUGUUUUCUAAAUUAUAGAUGCAAGUGUGAGAGCUUUGUGACUAAAUAAUGAAUAGGCUCCUAAGCUAAAAGAGUGAUAUUACUACUAAUGUAACUCCCUACUUGAAUAAAUGUGUCUUAAGAGUUGCAAAGGCCAGUUUUUGGCCUUUUUUGUAGUAUCAACUAUCUUGUGUGUAAUGUAACUUUUGCAUAACAAAUAAAACUUCUUGCUGUGAUAA